AUGAGUUCAGAAAAUAAUUUGGAGGUGAACUUGGAAUCCUCUAGGAAGGAAAAAUCCAUGGCCACGAUAAAUGAAGAUGAUGAUGUAGUGGAGCUUGAUGCAGACGAGAGUCAAGACACUGCAAUAGGAACUCAGGCAGGGGCAUCGAAAGGCAAGCGAAAAAGAAGGUUGACAUCACCUGUUUGGCAAUUCUUUGAGAAGUUGGCAGAAAAGUCGAUUGAUGGUAAGAGCCGUUGUAAGUGUAAGAAGUGUGGCUCUAUUUUUAUUUGUGAUAGUCAAUAUGGGACAGGAAAUUUGAAAAAGCAUAGUGAAAGAUGCAUUCGUAAGGACACACGAGAUGUUGGUCAGCUGCUAAUGAAUCAUGAUAUGUCUUUGAGAAAUGCUACAUUUGAUCCUGAACAUUUUCGUGAGUUAUUGAUUGUUGUCAUUAUUAUGCACGAUUUGCCUCUUGCCUUUGUGGAGUAUACUGCGAUUAGAUCUGUAUUCUCAUAUUUGCGUGAGCGUGUGCCUGUUAUAUCUCGAAACACUGCAAGGGCUGAUGUGUUGAAAGUUUAUAAAAAAGAGAAGUCACGAGUUAAGAGCUUGCUUGAGGAAGCUAGUGGUAGAAUUUGUUUGACAUCUGAUUUGUGGACCUCUAUUGCUACUGAUGGGUAUCUCUCUUUGACCGCACAUUUUAUUGAUAAAAAUUGGAGUUGGCAAAAGAGGAUUAUGAAUUUCUCCCCGAUGCCACCUCCACAUACUGGUGUGGCAAUGAGCAAUAAGAUUACCUAUUUGUUGGCUGAGUGGGGUAUUGAGGGAAGAUUAUUUUCUAUUACUUUGGAUAAUGCCUCCGCCAAUGACACUUUCGUGGGCUUGUUGAGAUCGCAUUUGAAUUUGAAGGAUGCAAUUUUAGCCAAAGGUGAAUUCUUUCAUCAACGAUGUUGUGCGCAUAUCAUUAAUUUGAUUGUGCAAGAUGGACUAAAAGAAAUUGAUGUUGCAGUAGACAAAGUGCGGGAGAGUGUCAAGCAAGAUGUCACUGGAGUGUCCUACCUCACUUACUUGUUUUCUGGAAGUAAGUAUCCAACCGCAAAUCUAUACUUUCCUUCUACUUUCAAAGCAUAUGUGUUGCUCAAGGAGUAUAGUGAUGGGACAGAUGAAGAUCUGAGAGCAAUGUCGUUGAGGAUGCUUAUGAAAUUUGAAAAGUACUGGUAUGAAUUUUCAGUGAUUUUAUCGAUUGCGGUGAUAUUGGACCCCAGGUAUAAACUUGAGUUUGUGGAUUGGAGUUACAGAAAGUUAUAUGGUAGUCAAUCUUCAGAAUUUCAAACUGUUCGAGACAAAUUAUUCUCAUUUUAUGAAUAUAUAGCACGUCAGAAGGUGGGUCGAUCAUCUGCAUCAAAAGAGAAGGUGGUGCCGGAUCAUCAAGAGUCCGAGACCGUGGAUAUGCUGGAGGAGUUUGAUGAUUAUGCUGAUAAUGUGUAUUCAGCAUCUUCGAAAAAGUCUGAGCUAGAAAAGUACUUAGAUGAGACAAGGAGCGAUAGAAAGACGGACUUGGACAUUCUUGAGUAUUGGAAAAUUAACUCCCAACGUUAUCCGACAGUUGCAAGGAUUGCUCGUGAUAUUUUGAGCAUUCCCGUAUCCACGGUUGCCUCCGAAGCAGCAUUCAGCUGUGGAGGUCGUGUUCUCGAUCAAUAUCGGAGUUCUUUGAAACCCGACCUUGUGAAAGCACUCAUGUGCUCUCGAGAUUGGCUUUAUGGAUUAGCUGGCAAUAGGUUCCAAGGGAAUGCCUUCACCCCAACCUCCUUUAUGAGAAAAGAUGUAGUCUCCUUGUUUUUGGGUUUGUGGUAUAUUUGA